GCAGACUCGGCCUUGUGGCGUGGCCCAGUCAGGCCCUUUGUGCCGCCUUGGCCUCCCCUCCGUGGACGGGCUCGGGCCCCGAGCUCUGGAGGAGGACUCCGUGGUCAGAGUGCAGGGAGGAGCCCACGUUGCACAGCGAGGAAGGGUGAGCUGCCUUCUGGGCGGUGGCGAGCAGGGGGCGCCUCCUCUGGCUCAGGGGCCUGUGGCGCUGAGCCCUCCCAGAAGAGCCCGCACCGUGGUGACCGGUGGUCGUUAAGGACAAAAGUCACAGAGCUUUCUUUCGGCCCGAGUUUCCGAGUAAAGACCUUUCCGUGGAAAGCAGCGUUGGCCUUGGGCGCGGUCCUGCCCCUCCUUCCAGAGGGUGCUCGCGGGCACGGGUGGUGAAUAAGCCGGGAUCUUCUCUUCACAGCUGGCUGGAGGAGGGCUCACCUUGGUGGGCACCGCCCCGUGCACAUUGCCCUGCCCUCCCCUCCCCAGAGGCUCCGGCUCACCCCUCCCUGCUCCCACUAGGCCCUCCUCCCCCUUGUGCUUCCUUCCAUCGCCUCCUCCCGGGUCUCCCCAGACCCUGCCGGGCGCUGCCCCCAACGUGGCCGUCCUGAAAAGCUGGCUCCGGUAGGCCUUUGUGGUGCCCCGCAGGGCUGCGAGCUGCCUCGCCCGGGCGGGGCUGCCUGCCUGGCCUCUCCAGACAGAGACCCGGCGGCCCAGCAUCCCUAACGUAGACUCUGGGCCCGCCCUAGCUGGACAGAUGCGCUGUGGUCACGGGCCCUAGAAAAUGGUGAGCUGGCGGCUGUGGGUCUUCAUCUGCCGGGUGAGAGGUCCUGGGACCCGCCCCUGGGUUUGGUGGGCGGGGGGGCGCGGGGUUGACCCUGGCACAUGGAGGGCCACAUGCUUAGCACAGGGACGUGGAGAGUGUUCGGUUCUGCCGAGCGGCGCGAUGAGCAAGAGUGGCAGUUCUGCGUGUAGAACGCCUGCACGCAGGUGACGGUUACUGUCACGCGCCUAAUGGAGCGACUCCGGCUCCGCCCCGUGACCCUCCAGCCGGGCGCCGGAGACGCAUCUGUGUCCCUGUUCACAUCCGCUUCCCCUUCAGAUGCUGGACGAGAACCACCACCUGAUCCAGUGUAUCCUGGACUACCAGAGCAAGGGCAAGACGGCCGAGUGCACCCAGAUCCCGCUCACGACUCAGGCCGGGUCCUGUUCCCUGCCCGGCCCUGUGCUAGAGCACAGAGCGCUGUGUUGCCUGCCCCGUCCCCGAAGGUACCAGCAGAUCCUGCACCGGAACCUGGUCUACCUGGCCACGAUCGCGGAUUCUAACCAGAACAUGCAGUCCCUGCUGCCCGCCCCGCCCACCCAGAACAUGAACCUGGGCCCCGGAGCGCUGUCCCAGAGCGGCUCCAGCCAGGGCCUGCACUCCCAGGGCAGCCUCAGUGAUGCCAUCGGCACGGGCCUGCCCCCGUCCUCCCUCAUGCAGGGCCAGAUCGGCAACGGUCCGAACCACGUGUCCAUGCAGCAGACGGCGCAGAGCACGCUGCCCACCACCUCCAUGAGUAUGUCGGGCAGCGGCCACGGCACGGGGCCCGGCUACAGCCACUCGGGACCCGCCUCUCAGAGCGUGCCCCUGCAGGGCCAGGGCGCCAUCGGCAACUACGUGUCCCGGGCCAACAUCAACAUGCAGUCCAACCCAGUGUCCAUGAUGCACCAGCAGGCGGCCUCGUCCCACUACAACUCGGCGCAGGGUGGGAGCCAGCACUACCAGGGCCAGUCGUCCAUCGCCAUGAUGGGCCAGAGCGGGCAGGGGAGCAGCAUGAUGGGGCAGCGGCCCCUGGCGCCCUACCGGCCCUCCCAGCAAGGCUCGUCCCAGCAGUACCUGGGCCAGGAGGAGUACUACGGAGGCGAGCAGUACGGACACGGCCAGGCCGCCUCAGAGCCCAUGAGCCAGCAGUACUACCCUGACGGACACGGAGACUACGCCUACCAGCAGUCGUACACGGAGCAGAGCUACGACCGGUCCUUCGAGGAGUCCACGCAGCACUACUACGAGGGCGGGAACUCGCAGUACAGCCAGCAGCAGGCGGGGUACCAGCAGGGCGCGGCCCAGCAGCAGGCCGGGUACCAGCAGCAGUACCCCAACCAGCAGAGCUAUCCCGGGCAGCAGCCGGGCUACGGGCCUGCCCAGGGAGCCGCCUCGCAGUACUCCGGGUACCAGCAAGGACAAGGCCAGCAGUACGGAAGCUACAGGGCAUCUCAGACGGGCCCGUCCGCCCAGCAGCAGCGGCCUUAUGGCUACGAGCAGGCAAGAUUUGGGGAUGCCUUCAGACGCGCAGAUCCGUCGUGUCUGUGGAAACGUGACAAAGGUUUCUCUUAUGGUCGUGAGGAAUAAGGAGAGGAAGGA